AUGCCAUCACUUUAUUUCCUUCUGUACAGUACGUACACAUUCGCCACUUUUCCUGUGCGGUUGAUAGCCAUCUUGGUUUCCAAUAUCCCCAGAUUCAAUCGCGCCAACCCUGCUUGGUCAUAUAAGACAGCAGUUGUGACAGAAAUCUUUCGUUUCUUUAUCCGAUAUCGCACAAGAGUCAGAUAUCAAACUCCUAAGUCGCUGGAGCCAGGUGCCGAAGGAGACCGGUUCAUUGUGCUCAAUCCACAAAAGACAAUUUCAAAGUCAGAUCAGGAGAACACAGAAAUUUCUGUUUACACAGGAAUUCUUUCAUCAAUCCCAGAAAUCCAGCCUAUCCCCAUCGGAGCUAUCUGGUACCCCAAGAAACCAGCCGAAAAGCCAAUCAAACGACUUAUCAUCCAUCUUCACUCAAGUGCCUUUGUGAUGCUUGGUGCGCGACCCAGUGAUGGGCCCGGAUGGGGGCCGUCAAGCCUGGGUGAAAUAUCUGGAUGGCCCGUGCUUUCUAUACAAUACCGACUCUCCUGGGAUAAAUACAAGACAUUCCCUGCAGCACUUCAAGAUUUGAUGACAGCCUAUGUCUAUGCGCUCGAGACACUCAAGAUCCCAGCAUCACAAAUUGUGUUAUCUGGUGAAUCGGCAGGCUCAAAUCUUAUUCUCGCUCUGUUGCGACACAUCGACACGGAGAACCCAUCAAUUCCUCUUCCUCGCGCUGCGCUUUUAUGGUCUCCUUGGGUUGAUAUGACCGAGAAAUCGUUGCGAGAGCUGAAGAAUCGCCCGAACUACAAAACGGACUACCUUCCAGAUGAAUUUGUUCAAUGGGGUGCAGCUGGCUACAUUCCCGAGGGCUGGGAUGAGAAAAACCCCUACUUUACUCCACUAGGCAACGAGUAUAAAUUGAGUCUCCCACUUUUCAUUGAGGCUGGAACUUCAGAGGUUUUGUAUGACGAUAUUAUGCAGUUUGCGCAUAAUAUGAAGGAGAAGGGUAAUGAUGUUGAAUUGCGUGAAGCCCCAAAUGGUCCUCAUGUUUCUUUCUCCUGGGGAGAGGAUUUCGGCAUGGAGGAGGUUGCUCGUGCAGGACAUGCACUGGCGACGGAAUUUAUCGAGAGAGCUGGCGAAGAAUGA